GGGGGACCGGGCGCAAACACGGCCGUGAGGCGCUGCGGCCAAUCAGCUCCUCGCUCGUGUCGCUUUGUGUUGUUGUUUUUUUUCUCCGAAACGUGAGGAACUGACGUAGCGUAGGGCGCAAAUCCGCGAACGCGUUCGUUUGGCUUCCAGAGAAAAUGGGGGUGCGCGGUGCCCUUCGGACACGGUCCGCACAGCGCUCCGCCUUCCCGCUCACGCCGUGCGUGAUGGGCGAGAGCUGAACGGGCUGCGGUGCGGAUGGGCGCGUCUGGGAAUGAGAUACACCAUUGAGAGCUCAUCGGGCUGCACGUUCUCCUUUCUCUUGCGUUCCUCCCUCAGCUGCUGAAAGUCAGAAAGACGCUGUUGUGGCUCCUGUCGUGACGCCCCGAGUAGUUCCAACCAUUUGUCACAACGAAUGUUUUCCAUAACUGUAAUCACGUGGCCCCGAUGCAUGACACCAAGAGAACUUGUAGGCCUUACUGCUUCCUAUGAGAUCAUUGCUUUGAGCUCUACUAGAUGUAUUUCUCUAAAGUGGGGCAUGGCGAGGCACUUAGUGGUCACACACAUGGUAAACCUGGCAGUUCCUUCUUUCCCGAGCAGAGUUUUUGGCUGUUUUGUGAUGGACCAGUUGACACUUAGAAAGUAAUUGUGGUGGCUUCAGUUCAGGAUCAUUGGAACAAAAGCAGUAGAUAACCAAAGUGCUAUAGACUGGGUAGCCUUGUUUUUUGGCUUUUAGGGACAGUGCUUGUGUAGAAUUAUCACAGCUCCUCAGCUGUCAAAGUCAGAUACUUUGGAACAUCCUAACAUGGUGUGGGAAGUGAAGACGAAUCAGAUGCCUAACGCAGUUCAGAAGCUGCUCUUGGUAGUGGACAAGAGAACUUCAGGGAUGAAUGAGUCACUGGAGUUGCUGAAGUGUAAUGAAAACCUGCCCUCUUCUCCUGGAUAUGCAUCCUGUGAUGAGCACAUGGAGCUUGAUGAUCUUCCUGAACUACAGGCUGUGCAGACAGACUCUGCCCCAUCUGCGCUUUUUCAGCUUGGCACCGAUGUUUCACAUCAGGAACGUUCAAGGCCUUCGUGGAACCAACAUACCUCAAACAGCGAUUCAGAAAGUGCUCAUUCUUGUGAGAAUGGGGUCAACUGGCUGACAGAACUAGCAAACAUCGCCACAAGUCCUCAGAGCCCUCUGAUGCAGUGCUCUUUUUAUAACAGAUCAUCUCCUGUUCACAUAAUAGCUACAAGCAAAAGUUUACAUUCCUAUGCACGUCCUCCACCGGGAUCCUCAAAGAAUGAUCCCAACUUCUCCAAGAGUGAUUUGGAUGAAACACCGGUCAGACACGAAAGGACAAAUAGCGAAUCGGAGUCUGGUAUUUUCUGCAUGUCGUCACUUUCAGAUGAUGAUGAUCUGGGAUGGUGCCAUUCUUGGCCCUCAACUGUUUGGCACUGUUUUCUAAAAGGGUCUCGUUUGUGCUUUCAUAAAGGGCGCAAUAAGGAAUGGCAGGACAUCGAAGAUUUUGCAAGAUCUGAAGGCUGUGGAAAAGAAGAUAAUCUCUCAGUGAGUGCUUACAAGGGCUAUGGCUCCGAUGGCUUGAAGCUCAUUUCUCAUGAGGAAAGCAUUUCCUUUGGUGAGUCAGUGCUGAAGUUGACUUUUGAUCCUGGCACAGUGGAGGAUGGCCUGCUCACAGUAGAGUGCAGACUUGAUCACCCUUUCUAUGUUAAAAAUAAAGGUUGGUCAUCUUUUUAUCCAAGCUUGACUGUGGUACAGCAUGGCAUUCCAUGCUGUGAAAUGCAUCUUGGAGAUCUGUGUCUACCUCCUGGACACCCUGAUGCCAUUAACUUUGAUGAUUCAGGUGUUUUUGAUACAUUUAAAAGUUACGACUUCACACCGCUGGAUUCCUCAGCAGUGUAUGUGCUCAGCAGCAUGGCUCGCCAGCGCCGCGCUUCUCUGUCGUGCGGAGGAUCAAACAAUCAAGAUGCCGAAAGAUCAGAAUGCAGUACUAAAAACUGUGCAGCUACUGCGGCAUCGCAUCUUUCCUCCACUUCUUUGUACAGCAAAGCUGGCAAAAGCCACGGCUCAGGGACUGCAAGUACUGUGAGUGCCACUUCUCCAAACAAGUGCAAAAGACCAAUGAAUGCCUUCAUGCUUUUUGCCAAAAAAUACAGAGUUGAAUAUACUCAGAUGUAUCCAGGGAAAGACAACAGAGCCAUAAGUGUGAUACUUGGUGACAGGUGGAAGAAAAUGAAGAAUGAGGAGAGACGGAUGUACACGCUAGAAGCCAAGGCCUUGGCAGAAGAACAGAAACGUCUAAAUCCUGAUUGCUGGAAGCGAAAACGAACAAAUUCUGGCUCACAACAGCACUAAGCCAGGAUUCUGCCCACAACGAUGACAAAAUGGCUGUUGCUUGAUGGCAAGAAGAUGUGAGAUCGAGGUCUAUUUGUUGUGAAUUUGUGUGACCAUAAAAUGCUGGCACCAUCAAGUCAGAAAUGACGUAAUAGGAGUGCGGAUUGCUUUUUACAAUAGAACAUUAAGUAAGCUAAAACUAUCAACAUUUUAAACCAAAUUGCCUUAUUUUUUCUUCCAAACUUCAUAUAUGUAUCAGGUAAUAUAGGCUUGAAAAUGGAUAUCCUGUGGUGCUAAAGUACUUCAGAAAGAGGCGAAGGAGAUGUGUAUAAAUGUUUAUUUUUAAAAGAAAAUGUACAAAAAGGGGAAUUUUAAAAUAUGUAACAGCUGUUUAUAUACAUCGAUUCUUAUUGCUGAUUUAUAUGUAUUGCACAACCAUAUUAUUAAUUACGAUUCUGGGGGCUGGGGCUUUCUGAAAUGGCGAGCAGUGUAUUACCAGUAGCCCCCCAGCCUGCCCAGAUGCCAACAAGUUAGCAGGACGUGUGGGAAGUGGAGAGCACAGUGAGCUGUAGCACGGGAGCUGCUUCUUGGGUCGCCACCUAUCGCACCUGUAUCCGCAGUGAGAUGUUCGCACCAGCUGGCAGUAGCAGAGCCCUGACCUCCACCAGAACCAAGGGCUCGGGCCAGGGCAAAAGGAAUAAACAGCGUUAUCUCAAGAAAAAACGGUGCUGUUGAUGUUGUCACCAUCGUAGUUUUAACUUUGUGUUUGGUCUCUGCCACAUAUUCUACAAUAUUUUAUUUUGCCAUAAGACCUCUUCAGGGUGGGGGCAAACUUUGCACUUAACUAUACGUGCAACACUUGCACUUUACUUUUUUUCCUCCUCCAACUGUCUGACGUAGAGCGGCCGCAGUAGGAUUACAAUUGCUUCUGCUGUGAACUACAAUCAUGGCUUUUCAUGUACUAAAACAGCUGUGUGUUUUUUUUUUUUUUUUUUAAGAAUCACAACUGUAAAUUUCAGUUUGACACGUCUACAUGAUGUUGCCCCUAAGAUUUUUGCACACUAUAUUCUUGUAUAUUUCAAAUAAAUUCAUUAAAAUUU